AUGACGUCGUUGAGCAUCAGGGAGGAGGACAUCCCGCGCCAGGAUGGAAAAGUUGCAAUCAUCACCGGGGGCAGCUCCGGGAUUGGGCUGGCCACGGCCCGCAUUCUCCAGGCUCGCGGCGCGCGCGUGCACGUGCUCGACCUACAUCCCAUCGACGAUAACUUCGACUGCCACUCCAGCCCCUGGCCUCCGGCGGCUGAGGCGGCGGCGGCGGCGGCGGCGGCGGCAGCAGCAACAGCAGCGGUGAGCGGACGCAGCGUGACGGGCGGCGGCACCAUCACCUACCGACGCUGCGACGUGGCGGACUGGGCGAGCCUGCGGGAGGCCUUCGCCGACAUUGGCCACGUCGACAUCGCCGUCGCCAACGCCGGCGUCUCGCAGGACGGCGACUUGUUUGCGGACGCGCUGGAUGAGGCCGGACGGCUGGCCGAGCCGCGCUACGGCGUCAUCGACGUCAACCUGCGCGCGGUGCUCAACUUCGUCAAGCUCAGCGUCAGCGCCUUCCGGCGGCAGCGGCAGCCCGGCGGCGCCAUUGUGCUGACCAGCAGUGCGACGGCGUAUGCCCCUGAGGUCAGCCUGCCCGUCUACAGCGCGGUCAAGCUGUCGGUGGUUGGCCUCGUGCGCGCGCUGCGCCCGUCAAUCCAACACCUCUGCGGCGCCACCAUCAACGCCGUAGCGCCAGCCGCCACCGUCUCGAAGCUGCUCCCGGCGGACCUGGCGGCGCCCAUCGUUGCUGCCGGCGCGCCCGUCAGCACCGCCCACCACGUGGGUCUGGCUGUGGCGUUUUCCGCGACGGCGCGCCAGGCGGGCCAGGUGGAAGGCUACGGCCGCGACACGAGCGAGCAGGUGCGCGCUGCGGGCCGGUGGAACGGCCGUGUCAUCCUCACGCUGGGCGACCGCUGGACCGAGAUGGAAGAGGGGGUGGCCAGGCUCAGGCCGCAGUGGAUGGGCGAGUGGAACGCAGAGAUGACGGUGUUCCAGCAAAGUUUGACUGAUACGAGGGCCGUUGCGGACAGUGCCUAG